GCAACGUCGGUACAGAGAAACGUGUGGGUGUGGAGUCGCAGGCAGGAGUGGUGGGAUACUGAUGUGAGUGGCUUCACUGAUACAGAAUGUAUCAGUAACUUUCGAAUGACCAGAUCCACCUUCGAUUAUGUUUGUGAGCGCCUGCGAUCAACUCUGUCACGAGAAAAGACAUGUCUGCGGCGGCCCAUAACAGUGCAGAAAAGCGUUGGAGUUGGAGUGUAUUGGCUAGCAACAGGUGCGUGCUAUCGUACGAUAGCUAACUUGUUCGGCAUAGCCAAGUCUACAGUCUGCUCCAUUGUACACAAGUUCUGCGAAGCAGUUCGCCGUGUCCUCAUGCCCCAGUACAUAAAACUGCCCAAAGGGGAUGACCUACAAGAGGUCAUUGAAGGCUUCCAGCAGAGAUGGGGUUUCCCGCAGUGUGGAGGAGCUAUUGAUGGGAGUCAUAUCCCCAUCAUUGCUCCAGAGGAUAACCACGCAGAGUAUUUCAACCGCAAAGGGUGGCACUCAGUUCUGCUCCAGGGUGUCGUGGAUCAUCGGUUUUGCUUCACCAACAUCUAUGCUGGAUGGCCAGGGAGUGUUCAUGAUGUGAGGGUACUCCGGAAUUCCCAUGUGUACUCACUCGCAGAGAGAGGGGAGCUUUUUCCACCAGACUCUGAGGAGAUAAUGGGCGUUCAAGUGCCAAUCAUGCUGCUCGAUGACCCGGCUUUUCCCUUUCGAAGCUGGCUGUUAAAAGGAUACUGUGACACAGGGACCCUGACAGCUGAGCAGAAGUACUUCAAUGAGCGCCACAGCAGAGCCAGGAUGACUGUGGAGUGCGCUUUCGGCUGACUGAAGGGCCGGUGGAGGUGCCUUUGCUAAAUGGCUGGAUGUGGAUGUUUCCCUCGUCCCCACCAUAAUCAGUGCAUGUUGCACACUCCACAACGUGUGUGAAAUGCACGGGGAGAAUUAUGAAAAGGCUGGUGAAACUGUUCCUCAUGUUGAGAGAUGGGCUGAAGGAGGGGGAUUUGUAGAUGUGCAGCCAUCAAGAGUCAGAGAAGCACUGACUCAGCUUUUUCUUAGCCAACGUUGAGCCACAAACUGGGCUUUCACAAUAAUUACAAUAUCGUUCAACAUUUAGUACUUUUUGACCUCAAUGUUUAUCUGUACAUAUAUUUGUUAGUUAGUUUCUGUGUCAUUACAAGGUCUUCAAUAUUUUAAUAGUUCAAUAUAUUGAAAUCGGUUUUAAAGAUCUUGCAUCAUUUUUUUGAUGAUGUUGCUUGACUUGUGUGUAAAAAAUUAAACUUGAACUUCAUGCUUUUAAAAGCCAUUCUAUGAGAUGUUUCAUGUGUAGUUUUUAAGUGAGUUGCUUUGCAUUUAGUGUUAGAUGUAUUAAAAAAAAUGAAUUAAAUGAAAAUAAAUUUUAUUUAGGCCUACUCUAGGAUUGCAUGGGAUGCCGGAGCCUAUUUCAACGCACAAUUGACACAAAUAAAAUGAAAUAACCU